CAAACGACUGCCACACUUUUCUAUUGCGCCAAUUUCCCGGCAUUUUCGCCAUUUCCCAAAGUUUUGCAUUGCCUCUUCGCUACUGACGAUGAAUUUCUCUAGGGGCAACUGCUCGCCGCUCAGCAGAAAUCCGGUGGUGCAGCGCAGCCUCGACUUGCGGUUGCGGGGCGCCCAGGCUCGACAUUACCUCAAAUGGUGCUCCAUAAAUGUGGUGCUCGUGUCGCUGCUGCUGCUGGACAUCUGGCAGGCGUGCCGGUCGGUUUACCGGACUUACUGGUUCCUCGCCGAAUGCACGAUCACCACAUUGAUGGCGCUGAGUGCCCUCGCCUGUUUCGGCAAGUAUUUGUGGUUAUGGUUUGGCGGCGACCAGGUGAUCGGUACGGACAGCCAGAAGUGCUUGCUGGAUGGCCAGGAAGAGAACUCCUUUAGGACAGUCUCCACCCGGGCGGUGAAGAAGCCUCGCAACUACGAGCCCGAUACCGACGUAGAGGACGACAUUCCCAUCAUCAACUGGCACUCGUCCUUCGAGGACUCUUGCUGGGGCUCGCAGUCGAUGCGCCGCAGUCCCAGUCCCACAAGAACUCCCCAGCAGGCGAACCAGAACGCCUCAUACAACUCGUCGAUGGUGCAGAACAACUCGCUGAACGCCAGCAACCUAAGCAACGAGUCCACCUACAUGUCCCCGUACGCAGAGGUGCGCCGGGAUGACUUCAUCACCGACAUUCGCAAGUUGCCCGCUCUGAUGAAGCAGGCGGAGCGGGAGCGCAGCAUGGUGGACAGCUCGGAGGCGCCCAACGUCCAGAACAUGGGCUCGGCCAACUCCUUCUGGAACUACUGCAACAACGCGGCCUACAUGCUGAAGACCACCAUCUACCAGUUGUCACCUGCGCCGGCCGCUUCCACCGAGAAUGCUCCCACCUCCAUUGAGGAGUUCGGCGGCUUCCAGUUCAGGGACAGCAAUUCGGAGGUGAUCAAGCGCAUAUCCACGGACAAACUGUCGCAAUACGUGGCCAACCUGCGAUUCUGGAUUUCCACCACCAUACUGCAACGUUUGGUCAAGGAGAUCAACUAUGUGGACGAUGUGUUUCGCCAGCGGGGUCUUAUCGAUCUGAAGAUCGGAGCUGUGAGUCUGGAGAGGCUGCGCAAGACGGCCGAGAAUCAGCAGUUUGUGCAGACCUGCGCGCCCAUGCUGCCCAUGCUGCUGCCCUUCCUGGACACCUUUAGCAACCAGGAGUACCUGGUGCAGCGCAUCAAGGAGCUGGCACAGGGCUCCUGCAUAGCCGACUACCGCUGGAACUCGGGCAAGACGCACAACGGCCAGGAGUGGGGCGAGCACUUGCCCACCGACGCAGCAAUAUUGUUCCACUUGUUUUGCGUGUACUUGGAUAGCCAGCUGAUGCCGUUGCCGCAGGGCGGUGGGCGACCCUUCCACUCCCGCUACGUCCUGAUCCGCGACGAGAAGCGCUCCACCAAGGACGUGGUGAAUGCCGUGCACAACAAGGCGCACUGCGCUAUUCUGACCACCAGCAACCAGCUGAACCCCAAGUUCAACUUCAUUAGCGACAAGGAGCUGCACAACUGCGUGCACGACAGGAACAACCUGUUCUACGUGAUCAUACAGUUCCUGAUCUACAUGCGCCAGCAGCAGGAGUCCGCGCUGGAGUGCGUUAAUCUGGGCAAGAGCGGCAUCAACAUAAUGUGCGUCAUCGAAGACUGAUCCGGCCACCGUACAAUUGGUGCAACUGGCUAUGACUUUAUAUUACCCUUUAUCACUCGUUAUCUCUAAGCAUCAUUUCCCGACUCGACUAUCGUUUGGUGCCCCCGGGUAUUCCCCAUCAUUCGUAACUAUUAAAUUAUGCAUUUGUAAUUAUUAAGCCAA